AUGGCGGCUGUAUCUCCAAAAUGGGUUUCUUUUCUUCUACUUUUCUUUUGCAUCGUUCUUCAUUUGAGUGCUAUCACUCUGGGUGAUGACAAACUUGACAAAACUAGGUUUGGUGAUGAUAACUGCGGGUUUGGUCGAAGAGGCUGUUGUGGUCGGUUUGGUGGUGGACGAGGAGGUGGUGGAGGUUUAGGUGGUGGUGCUGGAGGAGGUGUUGGUGGGGGAGGUGGUUUUGGUGGGGGUGGUGGAGGUGGUGUUGGUGGUGGGUCGGGUCAUGGUGGAGGCUUUGGAACAGGAGGUGGUGUAGGUGGUGGUCUUGGAGGCGGUGCUGGUGGGGGAGGAGGCGGUGGAGGUGGAGGAGGGGGUGGGGGUGGUGUUGGUGGCGGUUCAGGUCAUGGCGGGGGCUUCGGUGCAGGAGGCGGCGUAGGCGGUGGUCUUGGAGGCGGUGGAGGGGGAGGAGGGGGUGGUGGUGUUGGUGGUGGGUCAGGUCAUGGUGGAGGCUUUGGAGCUGGAGGUGGUGUAGGUGGCGGGCUCGGAGGUGGUGCUGGAGGAGGCGGCGGCGGAGGCGGAGGAGGGGGUGGGGGUGGUGUUGGUGGCGGUUCAGGUCAUGGCAGGGGCUUCGGGGCAGGAGGCGGUGUAGGUGGUGGCCUUGGAGGCGGCACUGGUGGAGGAGGAGGCGGUGGAGGGGGAGGAGGGGGUGGGGGUGGGGGUGGUGUUGGUGGUGGUUCGGGUCAUGGCGGGGGCUUCGGGGCUGGAAGUGGUGUAGGUAGUGGCCUUGGAGGUGGUGCUGGUGGGGGCGGAGGCGGUGGAGGGGGAGGUGGUGGUGGAGGCGGCGGUGGAGGAGGUGGUGGUGGUGGAGGUAUCGGUGGCGGUUCAGGUCAAGGUGGGGGCUUCGGAGCAGGAGGUGGUGUAGGUGGUGGUCUUGGAGGCGGUGCUGGUGGAGGUGGUGGAGGAGGAGGAGGAGGUGGCGGUGGUAUUGGUGGUGGUUCAGGUCAUGGCGGGGGCUUUGGAGCUGGAGCUGGUGUAGGUGGUGGUGGUGGCCUUGGAGGUGGUGCUGGUGGAGGAGGAGGAGGAGGUGGAGUCAUAGGUGGAGGACCAGGCCAUGGAGGUGGCUUUGGUGCAGGUGGAGGUGUAGGAGGUGGUGCUGGUGGUGGUUUAGGUGGCGGAAGUGGUGGUGGAGCAGGUGGAGGAUUUGGAGUUGGAAUUGGCGUUGGUAUAGGAGUUGGCGUUGGUGCAGGUGCCGGCCAGGGAUCUGGUAUUGGUUCUGGCAGUGGUAACAGUGGCAGGCAUUAA